CAACGACUGAUCUGCAGAGGCGGCGCUACCUGGAACCAUAGAUAUGUAUAGAUAGAUAUAGAUAUACAUAUCUAUGCCUGGAACCACCGCAGCGAGGCGAAAAGUUUUCACAUCUUCAUGACGGUGAGGGUCUGGACGGAGUUCAAAACAAUGAUUAUCGGUCUGGAAGUGAGUGAGUGUAAUGGCGCUGUCACACUCUAGCCAGCGUAUGAGGAACGUAUCGAAUAUUUCGAAAAAUUGUUUAUACGCACAACUUUUCAGCGUAUGAGGUCGAUUUUCGGUUAAUGACCUUUAGAGUAACGUGAGCCUAGCGUACCGUCAGCGUAUGAGUAGCGUAUGAGUAGCGUAUGAGUAGCAUACGCAUAGCAUAUGUCAGCGGAUGUGAUGUGAUGUGUGUUUGAGUUGGACGUAUACCGACGUAUGAGUAACGUAUAUUAGCGUACCUCCGACGUAUGAGAAACGUAUGCGGAACGUCAGCCUAACGUAUGAGGAGCGUACACAGCAGGGGGUAUAAAACGUGGCAGCGCGCGAAUUUCGUCAUUCCGCCAGUAGACUUCAAGCUGUCAAGAUGCCAAAACGCAGUGCCCAGAAAGUCAAGCCAGCUGAUGUUCCUCCUCCUUCUCCACCUGCACCCCAACCUGCACCUGCUCCUGCUCCUGCUCCUGAGCCAGAUGUCAUCCUUCCUCCUCCUCCUCCUCCUCCUCAGCAAGCUGGUCCUUCAGAAGAUACUGGUGGUGAUACCUCAGAUGCAGUGUCAGUCUCUCCAAUUCCCCAGGAAGGCUCCAGGGAAUCUCCUCCAGCAUCCUCACAUUCCUCCAGGGCUGCAUCCACAUCCUCCAAACACAAAAAGAAGAAGCAGAGGGCCAAGAAGAGUGAAUUCAGUUUGAAUUUUGCUGAGGAGGACCAGAUGUUGGACUUUAUCAGAGAUAAUCCAAUUCUCUGGAAUGUGAAAUUGACUGACUAUAGGAGGAAGGACAAGAAAGAAAAGUUAUGGCAGGAGCAGGCUGAAUUAAUGGACAGGUCUUCUGAAACUCUGCAGGGGUGGUUCAGAUCACUGAGAGACACCAACACACGCCUUGACAAGAAAAAGAGUGGGGAUCCUGGUGUGAUCUUCACACAGAGGGAGGAUUGGAUCUACACCAAGUUUGCCUUCCUGAAAGGAGUGACCCGCCACAGACCAGAGCCAAUUCAAAGUCUGAAGCAAACUAUCCAGCAGCACAGGGGAGACUUGGAGGCUGCUGAGACUGCAUGUGCUGAGCUGCAAGUGGGGCAAGAUGAGGCUGCUGCUGGUACCCAAUCUUUAACCUCCUCAACUGGCAGAAAGAGGCAGAAGGAUGUUGAGAGUGAGAUUCUGCAAUCCCUGGAAAAGAGAAUGGCAGAGUCUGGCAGCAUUCUCAAGGACUUCACCAAAGCUCAGCAGCAGCCAAUGACAGCCAGAGCAGCCUUUGCCAACUAUGUCAGGGACAGUCUGAUGACCAUGCCCAAGGCCAGCUACAAGAAGGCAAGGUCCAGCAUCAACCGGCUGCUGUCUGAGCUGAUGGAAGACAGUGAUAAUGAAGACCUGCCAGCUGCCACUGCCACUGCUCCUGCACCUGCACAACAGCCUGCGUCUACAAGGGCCAUGAAUACAAUGGAAUAAAAGCCCUUAUAGUUGUAAUACUGGGAUCCGCUCUUGGGGGGACACUUGCAAGCAAUGUGCUUUCCAUCUAGUGCACCACAGGCAUGGGGGAAGUUCCACUUCUGCAGGAAUUUAUCAGAUAUGCAACGCCAUUCCUCUGGAGUCGUGGGGCAGGUCAUGACUUCAGGCAAGUACUCGUCAACGAUGGCUUGGCACACCUGGCGGACAGUCACUGACUGUGUGUUAUGGGGGAUACGCCACCCGUACUGCAUUGUGGAAUAACUGCUUCCAGAUGCAAGAUGCCGCAGAGUCAAUGCAAGCUUCAGUCCAGGCUCCAGGGGUUCCCUGUAUCUAAUAUGUUGCCUGGUGAUGUUGGGACCAACCCUGUCCAGCAGUUCAUCAUACAUUUCUGGAGGCAUGCGUAGGAAGUUCCUGAAGGCUCUCUGAUCUUCAUUUCUCAAUUCAACCAUAAGCUUGUCAUAAAGGCCAAAUUGACGCCGCCUUCCAAUCCAAGGUUUCACCCAGAUUGCACGUCUCAUUCUACGCCUUCUUCUUCUGUGUCUAGCAUACUCAACUGCCAACUGUAACAAAUCUUGGUGAUGUUGCAGCACAGCAACCUCCAUCUCUGAACUGCUGGUACAAACUGAUACAGAUUUGGAAAUGUGAGACUUUAUAUACCCCCCAUACGCUGGAAAUACGCAUGUAAUACGCAUGGGAUAAGUUGGCUGUACGCUCAGAACACGUUAGGCAUAAGUUGAGUACGUUAGACUGUCGUUAGAACUACCAUCAUAACGUUAGCCAUUCGUUAGACACACGUCAGACACACGUUCAUUAUACACUCCUCUAACGCUAGGUUUCCUGACCCACUGGAUUUCAAUGUAUGAGAAGCGUACUUGACGUAUGAGUAACGUACCUUCAGCGUACCUCUAGCGUGUUCAGCGUAUGAGGAGCGUAAAAUUCAUACGUCGGCAUACGCUGAAAAUUUUUGUGCAUGUUCAAAAAAUUUUUUGUACAUCAGUGUACACCGACAUACCCCGGCGUACCAGAAACGUAUUCCAGCGUACCCCUAGCGUGUUUCAGCGUAUGUCAACGUAUGCCCAAAAAGUCCAUACAUUCCUCAUACGCUGGCUCUAUACGCUAGAGUGUGACAGCGCCAUAAGACCUUGUUUCUAAACUUUGACACGUUAACUAACAUAAGAUCAUUGUUUAGGCUCAUUCCCAGUCUAAAUACUUUACAAAGCAACAUUUAACUACUGCAAAUUUAAAAUUUGAAGGAGGACAAGACUUCAGAUGAACAACUUAAUUUUUGUACUUUUGCCUACAGAGUGGACGGAGUUCAAAACAAUGAUUAUCGGUCUGGAAGUGACUGAGUGUCAGACCUUGUUGUUUCUAAACUUUGACAUGUUAACUAACAUAAGAUCAUUGUUUAGGCUCAUUCCCUGUCUAAAUACUUCACAAAGCAACAUUUAACUACUGCAAAUUUAAACUAGAGCAAAAAUAGAAUGUAAUAAUGCAAAAAUAGUCUUUCCCCUGUUAAGUUUUCUGGUGAGGCUGACAACUUUUUGAAGUCCCCUCAAAUAGUAUUAAAACAGGUAACAGUUUGUUUCAAAUGGUCAUAUUUUUCAUUUCCUGAAAUGAACUUUCUGUCUCCAGCUCUAUAUCAGACAGCAUCCAUAGUGUUUUUGCGUGAACAUCCUAAAUUUUUAAACAGAUGUCCGCAUGAAUUAUUCAGUUAUACAAACCAUCAGAGUUUGGGGUUCAUGAAGUAUUGAUUAUACAAACCAUGUUUCCUGAGGACUCUUAUUCUGUCUCAAUUCUAAAUAAUCUGAGUGACUGUUCAUCAUGAAGCACAGGAGAGCUGUUGAACAGUUAAACACACUGAAGACUAAUAACAUUCACAUAGAUUCGAUUUUUUUUGGUUAUUAAUACGUUGUUUGUAUGCUGUCAGACUGAGCAGCUGUAGAUGAAGUUGCUUCAGGAGAAAUGAUCUAAACAACCAAUUGAACAUUUAGAAUGUUCCCGUGGAGAGACAGGUAAUCUGUGAGCUUCCACUUCUAUUUUUAUUUAGUGAGGCACUGAAAAAAUGGGUUUAAUUCAAAUAUUGAUGUUUAAUAUUUAGUCUAUUUAUUUAUUUUUACAUUUUCCACCAUAAAGACUGAAAAAUAUUAUUGAAAAGAAUCCCUGGUGUCUCGUGGUUUCGAUUCAGUGCUCUCACCAUCACAACACGGGUUUGAUUCCUAGACAGGGAAAAUGUCUUUAAAGAAUUUCCUUUGGGAUUAAUAAAGAUCUCUCUACAAUAUUAAUUAUAUUUGGUAAUGAAAUAGUAAUGAUCAUUCUAGCAGAACACAAACAUAAACUUGACAGUGCCCUCUGGUGGAUGACUAAUGUAGUGGAGACAGUGUUCCAAAAAUGUGUCAGAUCGACAGAUAGCAUGCAGACCUGAUGACAAGUUUAUUUGCCUUUUAUCACAUUAUAUAAAAUUGGAAUUAUGUCCCAUCAAUCUCCUCUUAAUAACCUAUAAUGUAAAACAAUUUUUUGAAAAUCACAAACUGAGAUUUGUCAUUUAUGACUUUAUUUCAGUACUUUGAAUAAGUCACUUUGACAGGACCGUUCUUCCUGACAAAUCCUAUUUACUUUAACCCUACUUUACUUCUAAUCUUGCAGCCAGGGGCACAUUCAGGAAUUUUUCAUUGGGGUAGCCACAUGGGGCCGCUGAAAAUCUUGAUGUGGCAAAGACUAAAUAUCCAUCCUCUAUACACCGCUAUAUCCUCACUAGGGUCGCGGGGGGUGCUGGAGCCUAUCUCAGCUGACUCGGGCGAAGGCAGGGGACACCCUGGACAGGUCGCCAGUCUGUCGCAGGGCUACAUAUACAGACACACAAUCACACUCACAUUCACACCUACGGGCAAUUUAGAGUAAUCAGUUAACCUCAGCAUAUUUUUGGACUGUGGGAGGAAGCCGGAGUGCCCGGAGAAAACCCAUGCAUGCACAGCGAGAACAUGCAAACUCCAUGCAGAAAGAUCCCAGGCCCAGGCCAGGAUUUGAACUGGGGAUCUUCUUGCUGCAAGGCGAAAGUGCUAACCACUACUCCACUGUACUGAAUUUCACUAUGCUGGAGGAUGCUGCAAAGUAUUGUGGAGUAAAACUUCACCUAUAGACACAACAUCUGAAUUAUUUUAAUGAUUUCCACAUGGUCCAUGUAUGAUGGUAAUUUAUCCAACUAGAGACAGCUAUGGUACAAUGAAAUGUGUUUUCAUUGUUACUACGCUACCUGUUCCUGUGUCUUGGUCGCUACUUUGAUUGAAAAGAUCACAUCCUGUGAUGCAUACAUACGCACAUUUAUGUAAUCGCUGCAAAUGUCCUGCUAUGAAAUGGACCCUCCACAAUAUAAAAUUACAACAAAAAAAGUUUGACUUUAGGAAGUGGUCAGACUUUCACAGUAAAUUAACAACAAGACACACACAUUAAAAGGUCGGUGUAAACAUUUUUAUUGAACUAAUUUGUUGCUACAAUGAUUCUGUACAAGCCUGUUACUCUUACAAUAAAAUGCAUCUGGCAUUAAAGAAA